AUGCACUCAUCAGGACCCCGCUCUGCCGUCAUGUUGCUCCGUAGACUGGCCACACUCCUGUCCCAGCAGGCCACUCUGAUGGCGUCCAACGAAGCCUUCAAGAAACAGGCCGAAGGAGCGAGCUCUGCGGCCAAGAAGUACAUGGACGAGAACGAGCUCCUGCAGGAGAAGCUGCGUGACGCUGGCAUCGAGAUCCCAGGGGUCGGGGAAGGCGCUGGACUCCAGGAGGAAAACAAAACUCUGAAAUCUGAACUGAAGACGCUCAAAGAGGAACUCGACUCCUCCAAGAAAGCUCUGCAGAAGUCCGACAGUGACGUCCGGGCCAUGAAGAAGCAGUCGGAGAACCUGACCGUGGAGUACGACCGGCUGCUGGAGGAACACAGCAAGCUCCUGGCCACAAGUGACAAAAAGUCUGAUUGA